AUGGUGAUAAGUGUAGCUUAUGAUGCGGUGAAAUGUUGGAUAUUCCCGUCAGCGUUCAAAGGCACGGCGAUGGCUUGGUUCACGACUUUGCCUCGCGGAUCUAUCACGAACUUCCGCGAUUUCUCGUCGAAAUUCCUCGUUCAGUUCUCCGCUAGUAAGAUCAAGCAGGUUACGAUUGAUGAUCUGUAUAAUGUUCGCCAGUUAGAGCAAGAAACGUUGAAGCAGUAUGUAAAGCGGUACAACAUGGCAUCUGUCAAGAACGAGGAGUCGGAGCCACAAGCCUGUGUGCGCGCCUUUAAGAAUGGACUGCUGCCAGGGAGGUUGAACAGCAAGCUAAGUCGGAAGCCCGCUCGUUCGAUGACAGAGGUCCGCGUUCGAGCGAAAACUUACAUCCUGGAUGACGAAGACGACGCGUUCAAAAGGAGGUGUGCGAGAGCGGAAAAGAAUGGCGGCCAGCAGGACGUAUCGCCAGCGGGCACGCUCAGUCGGGAGAAGGGAGAAAGUAGCAAGCAACCGGAUAAGAAAGUCAAGCCAUCAGAGAAGCAGGCAAGGGAACAACUCUACCCGAAGAAGGAAAGCUUUGAGCGUCGGCGCCCGUGGUAA